UUUGCAUAGUGAGGAAACAGAAUUUCAAUUCAUUUGAAAGGUCGUUCUUGUCAACACUGUCUUUCGCUGUACAAAAAACGUUUUUAGAAGGAAAAGAUAGCUACAUAUUUCUUUAAUAAAAUGGAUAUUUUCCUCGGAUUUCUUUCGCUUGCAUUGUUUCUAGUAAAUGUCCAUGGAGAAUGUAUGGGCAAAGCCGAUAUAGUAAUUGCCGUACCAGGAAGCUAUGCGGUGCCAUAUUUUGAUUUCUCACCUUUUGAGGAACAGCUGGUAGAACUUAUUAGAUAUUUUGCUAUCGAACCAGACCAGUUCAACAUCGGUCUGGUGCUAUACGGCGCACAUACCGUUACCAUUGCAACGCCACAACCGUUUAAAACUCGUGUACAGAUGAACACCAGAGUGUCGCUACUAGCACAGAGGAACAUACACUUUCUUAAGAUGGGUCAUAAGCAGAAUCUUGCAAAGGCAAUCCGAGAAAUCCGACAUAUCCUGACCAAGCCCCCGGAUGGCUACGACAUGCAUAUUCUUCGACCAGGUGCCAAGAAGAUUGGGAUUAUAUUCGCAUUUGGACCAACGCCAAAGAAAGACAUUCAAAACGUUAUAACUGCGGCCACCAAAGCUAAAAGAGAGGAUGGAAUACUCAUGUAUGCUCUAAUUGCCAAUGGCUCGGCGGAAGAUUUUCCACUAAUUGGAACAGACUACUGCAGGUUGUUUUCGAUGGCUGACUUCAAGUCUGGACUUGCUGAUGCAAUACCGGAUCUAGCGAACGGCAUAUGUUCCUCACUUGCCGCUUACCCGAUGAUAAGCCCAAGCAAUUGUUUUCCAGGUACAUAUAAAAAGGCUCGUCGCAUUGCCGUGACCUGCCAGGUAGAAAACAACAUGGUGCAACCUGACCCAAACAACUGCGGUUACUAUUACAGAUGUGCAUAUUUCGACACAUCACCAAUAAAGUUUGCCUGUCCCCCAGAUACGCUUUAUGACCCCAUUUCUGGCAUCUGUAAUAUGAAAACAAACGUAGCGUGCUAUAACGAUCUUGUAUGCCCGACUGAUAAGCCUAUGUUACAUUCUCAUCCAUUAGAUUGUAGCAAGUUCAUUAAUUGUUUCAAUGAUUUUAUACCGCACGUCCAGUCGUGUCCAAAGGGUCAAGUAUUCGACCUUGUUUACCAGUCCUGUAAUAUGACAACGCAUGGAUCUUGCAUAACGCCUCUCAACCAUAUUAAACCGACACCUGCUGCUCCCGACAAAAAACCUGCAGCUGCCAACAACCAAUCUCCAUUGGCUCUAAUUUCAACUCGCAACAACGAACCUGCAGCUGCCAACAACCAAUCUCCAUUGGCUCUAAUUUCAACUCGCAACAACGAACCUGCAGCUGCCAACAACCAAUCUCCUUUGAAUCUAUUUCCUGCACGCAACAAAAAACCUGCAGCUGCCAACAACCGAUCUCCAUUGAAUCUAUUUCCUGCACGCAAUAACAAACCUGCAGCUGCCAACAGCCGAUCUCCUUUUGCCAACAACAACAACAGACCUGCAGCUUCCAACAACCAAUCCCCUUUUACAAACGAUCAAUUCACUCAAUUUGUGUAACUGACAUAGACACCAGAUCUUGCAUACUAAAAGUAUAAGUUUUCA